AUAAUAUUUUCUUAAAAUGUAUGUUUGUGCUAUAAAAAAUAUCAAGUGGGGUAAGUCAAUAAUUCUUUAACAAUUUUGUUCAUGUAAAAUGCAGUUGUUGUUGAAAUGGAAAGGAGAUAUAUAUGGCAGAAAAGUCACCUAUCUCGUGACAAAGUAAUCCUGGUUUAUGAUAUGCAUAAAUAUUUGAGUAAAAAUGCACUCUCAUGAAUUAUAAAUCAUUCUUUUUUUUUAGAGAAAGAUUUAUUUUGAUGGCAGUUAUAUUAACGGAAAUGGAAUACGAUAUCGUGUGAUAUUCACCGUGUUUCGAUUUGAUCAUAAACACACAAAAUUUGUUGCUUCGUGCUUCUCUGAUAACUUCUAUUUUCACAUCAGAAUUUUUCUGAUAUCCAUUUUAUAUCCACGUAUACAAAACCAAUUAAAAAUACACUUCAAAAUAACAAUUUAUUUAAUUGACAUUAAUUACUUAGACGUUUCACAUUUAUUUCUGUGCUAUUUUUUUUCUAAGACCAAUCAAGAUAGUACGUCCAGUUUUUUUAUGAUUUUCAAUAUUUUAGCAAUUGAAAGAAAUAUAUGAAAGAGUAAACGGAAAGGAUGAGACACGUCCUUCCGGUAAUCAAAGUGCACUUAACUGACUAAAUAGAGUCCUUUUCGUGGAGGCUAAGUCGAUUUCAGAAAAACACCGUUUAAAUGAAAUGGAAAUGAUCGAUUGCACCGGCAACUAGUGCGUAAAUGCAAAUCCUCUAGCAUUCGUAUCGCUUUCCGCGCGCACGAGCGAUCACUUUUUCGCGUGCAAAUCAUUGACAUCAUAUUCUCAAUCAGUUUGACUCGAGCGAAUAUAAUUUCCGGACCCGAUUCAACUGUGUUUAAUCCCCAUGGUUGCUAAUUUGCUUAAACCAAUAUCCACAGGGUCGAAAACAUAAUUAAUAUAAUGCAAUACGUUAAUUAUAAUUUGCUCAUUUCUAUUUAGCGCAUCUAUAAUAAUUGCGCUUUCCUUUUAUACAACAAUAUUAUGUCUGUAUAAUAAUUUUCGUUUCAUCAAAAUUGUACUUUUUGUAAAUAUACUUAAAAAUUCAUUCGAAAUGAUUGAUGUGUAGACAGGAAAAAAAUAUUCCCUAAUGUGCAUCUAAGAAUUUUUUCAGCGAUGGAACGAUGAAUUAUCGAUAAGAGCCAAAGAGUCGUGAAACAUGCGACGGAAUUUCAUAUCGCUCGCGUGUUUCUCGAUCCUCAAACAAUGUAUCGCGACGACACACGAAUCUCACGAUUCAAUAUAUACGUAUGUACAUAUACCUUCAAAUUUUCGUCAAAGAAAGAGAUGAUGACAGCCGAGCCGGUCACACGCGCCGGGACACGAUUGAUUGGGGUCAUCCCCGCGGUAACCGAUGGACAAACAUAAAUAAACCGCGGGACACCUUGGAGCGAGACGCCUGCGAACCGCCUCGCCAGUAGACAGCUAACCGCGUAACAUCCGCUUUGGAGUUUUCGGAACGUGUAGAUGACGAAUCCGAGGGAAGAACCGUCCCGACGAUGUCGCCUAACGAUAGCCAUCGGCUACCAGCACCGCUUUCAUCCACGGGUCGUAUAACUGGACCGUGAAGGCCGUGUUGCCGACCCGGCGUUCUACUUCCAUAUCGCUUUGACGUCUGCUUGCGAGAUCGAACUGACGAUUAUUAAACUCAAUAUAUAAACGCAGUUGCAAGUUUAAUCGCGUGGGGAAUUAAGUGCGCCAAGCAUUUUUCUUCAAGCGACCAACUUUGGCGCGCUUUUCCUCUUGAUAUAUCCUUGGCGGGAGCGAAAGAGCGUUGACAUAAAUGAUAUUUAUAGCUCCCGAGCUUUAAUCCGUGUGUCGCUGAAAAUAUCUUCGAUGGACCAAGCUGAUUAUACUCUUACUGUACUCCUGGGAACGUUGAAUCCAGCGGCGAUUGUUCCAAGCUUUUAGUUUUCAAGCCGAAGAUCGCUUCCCGCUCAUGAUCAUGAUUUUCUGUCGCGUCGCGAAGACUUGUAUGAUUCUGCACGUUUUAUCGACGAUUUUUACGGUCCACGGAGUAGAGGGUGCGUCGAGCGGAGGCGACAAAAAGAAACCGGCAAAAUCGAGACCGGUGAAUCUCUGUAGGCCUAGGAUUUCGAGAUUAAUUAAUCGCCUGAUUCAGUUUUAUCCUUUUUCUUUCUUUGCAUGCCACGUCGGGGCGCGACGCUUUUUCCCCCAAUUAGUUAUAAUUAAUGGCGUGAAGAACAAGGCGGCCAACGCGAGCGUGACUGCCGCCUUGAAGGCUCUGAAGGAGAGAUAUCCGGAUCAUCUAGGCACGGUGUGGUCCGUGCGAAUCAACGAGAGCGAUUCCAGCGAGAGCCUCGAUAGUAUAUGCGACGCCUGGAGUUCGGCUGUCAGCAGAGGCGGCUCCGCCGUUCCAGAUCUGAUCCUAGAUGUGACGAGAGCCGGCCCAGGCUCCGAUAUGUCCAGUUCAUUCACCGCAGCCAUGGGAGUCCCAACCUUAUCUGCCCAAUAUGGCCAGGAGGGUGACAUUCGGGCCUGGAGAGAUCCGACUCUUGAUCAGAAAAAUUACUUGGUCCAGGUAAUGACACCGGGCGAUCUCAUGCCCGAGGCGAUUCGGCAGUUGGCGAUCCAGAUGAACAUCACUAAUGCCGGCAUUCUCUUCGACAAGACUUUCAUCAUGAAUCACAAAUAUAAGAGUUUGUUGCUGAACGUGCCGACUAGACACGUCAUCAAUGAGCUGCAGUUGUCGCUCGACACAAUUAAGGAGCAAUUGUCGAAGAUGCGAGAUCUGGAUGUGGUUAACUUCUUUCUGCUGGGCGACGAAAAAUCCGUCGAUAUAGUGCUGGACGCCGGGGAAUCGUUGUACUUCAAUGGACGGAAGUACGGCUGGUUCGUUUUGAGCUUGGAUGACGAAUCGUGGCCGUCCUGUCCAUGCGAGAACAUGACCGUGUUGUUCCUGAAGCCGGUACCGCCGACGGUGGGCAAUCAAAGCCAGCCGGAGCCGAUCGCGAGGACGAUACUCCCGAAACCGUUUAUCACAUCCGCGUUUUAUUACGACUUGACCUUGCUGGGAGUUCGGGCGAUGAAGUCAGCCUUGGAUAACGGCGACUGGCCUUUGGAACCACGUCAAAUCGAUUGUAACAUUUAUAACGAGACAAACACACCGACGAGGAACAUAGAUUUCCUGUCUAAACUGAUUGCGACCUCGAAGAAUAUGACGCCGACGUACGCCGGCAUCAGUUGGGGUAAGAAAAAUGGGGAGCACGGCGCGGAUUUUAAGGUAAACAUGUACAUGGUGAACAUCGAACGGGAAAAGAUCUCGACGAAGAUACUAAGCGGAGAAUGGCAGACGGGCAUCGAGAUGCCUUUGCAGAUCACCAACGAGGAGAUCAUGAACAAUAGCGCGGUGACAAGCUACAGGGUGGUCGUUGUUCAACAUCCGCCCUUCGUGAUGUUCGACAACGAGACUAAUCAUUGGUACGGCUUCUGCAUCGAUUUACUGGAUGCGAUUCGCGAGACUGUACCUUUCGAGUAUGAAAUACGCGAGGUGGAGGACCAGCAGUACGGAUCGCUGAAUGAAAACGGUAGCUGGGACGGCCUGAUGAGGGAGCUGAUAGAUAAGAGAGCCGAUAUUGCCCUGGGCUCGCUGUGGGUGAUGGCAGAACGGGAGAAGGUCGUGGACUUUACGGUGCCCUAUUACGAUCUGGUCGGUCUGACGAUCAUGAUGCAGAAGACGAAGACGUCGACAUCGCUCUUCAAGUUUCUCACUGUACUGGAGAGGGAUGUCUGGCUCUGUAUCCUAGCGGCUUACUUCUUCACAAGCUUCCUCAUGUGGGCGUUCGAUCGCUGGUCGCCUUACAGUUAUCAGAAUAAUCGUGACAAGUAUAAGGAUGACGAGGAGAAGCGGGAGUUCAAUCUCAGGGAGUGCUUCUGGUUUUGCAUGACUUCUUUGACUCCUCAGGGUGGUGGCGAGGCGCCGAAAAAUUUGUCCGGCAGGUUGGUGGCGGCUACGUGGUGGCUCUUCGGAUUCAUCAUCAUCGCGUCCUAUACAGCGAAUCUGGCGGCUUUCCUCACAGUAUCCAGAUUGGAGAUACCCAUCGAGACGUUGGAAGAUCUUAGCAAGCAGUACAAGAUACAGUAUGCGCCUACAGUGAAUUCACCGGCGUACGUCUACUUUCAGAGGAUGGCGAACAUCGAGGCGCGGUUUUAUGAAAUUUGGAAAGAUAUGAGUCUGAAUGACAGCUUGUCGGACGUGGAAAGGGCGAAAUUAGCCGUUUGGGAUUAUCCAGUCAGUGACAAAUAUACAAAAAUGUUCCAAGCCAUGAAAGAAGCUGGUUUCCCGACCAAUAUCGAUGACGCUUUAAAGCGAAUUCGACGCGAGGGUCCAUAUGCGAAUAACGAAUUCGCUUUUAUCGGAGAUGCCUCGACCAUCAAAUAUCUUGUUCUUACAAAUUGCGAUCUCACUCAAGUUGGAGAGGAAUUUUCGAGGAAACCGUAUGCUAUCGCUGUUCAACAAGGAUCACCAUUGAAGGAUCAAUUUAAUAACGCAAUCCUCAUAUUGUUGAACAAGAGAAGAUUGGAAAAGUUGAAGGACAGAUGGUGGAAGGACAAUCCUGUGCGGAAGAAUUGCGAUUUAGAAAAUGAUCAGAGCGAUGGUAUUAGUAUUCACAAUAUUGGCGGUGUAUUCCUCGUAAUUUUCGUAGGCAUCAUCUUUGCUUGCUUCACGUUAGCAUUCGAAUAUUGGUAUUAUCGUUAUCGUGGGAAAGUUAGCGAAUUACAUAAAGAUAAAGAUAAGUCUCUUAAAACUAAGAUGGCGAAGGUAAUCAAGCCGAUAAGAUUCAAUUUACAUCCCGCUCCCACGCAUGGGUUUAAACCUGUGCAAUUUAGAUCGAGAUUUUAAGUUCUAUCAUUUGAGAUAUACAUAUGUGAAAUAUUGAUAGUAAAUAAGUAUAAGAAUAAAAUUAUCGCACAAAGAAAUACAAAAUUAUUUUUAGACAAUGUGUUGGUUUUCUACAAGAUUUUCAAUAUUUUUUAGAUUCUUGAAUCGUCAUAUUAAUGUGACAGUAAAGCAUUAUUGUAAUAUAUGAUAACUUUUUAGAUCAACUUGUGCAUGCUCUUAGCGUAUAUUAUGCUAUACAUGUAUUUGUCCGAAUGAAAGGAAAGGAUGUAACUUUCGAAAUAUUUGGAUGGAAUAUGUGGAAUAAAUAUGCGAAGAGAUGGAAAAUUCUAAA